GGUAUUCUCUCCCAGUCUGCAGCUAUAAAUCUCUAUCCAAGGAAGAAGAGUGACACAGCUUCUGUCAAGAGCUACAUCUACAAUGAUCCCAUUAGGUACUACAUGAGUCAAAAGCCCAAAGAAAGUGCUCCUGCUUUGGCCCACACAUCCACAUCCCACCAACAACAGGCUGAAAAUCUUCCUGGAAAGACCCUUAAGCAGCCGCUGCCGGACAAACUCCUACCAGAGUCAGAAAUGGAGCUCGACCAAAAUGCACUGAUAGCCACCCUACACACGUACAUCAUGCAGAACCUGUCAGCACAGAGCAACGCCAAAAGCCCUCCCAGCAGGACUAAAGGGGCUCAGGUUUACGCUGGCAGGCUCUAUCCUUCUCAAGUCAGUCAUUCUGAUGGCACUUUUACCAAAGCAAAAGCAGAUUUUGAAAUGAAGAGCCUGUUGCAGCCAAGACCUCCACCUGGAACGCUGGGACCAAGUUCAGAGAUCCUGAACCAGAACAAACCAAAGGACCCUUUGAGCACAGUGGAUGAAACACUUAUUAAGGAUGUAUUGAAGAAUCUGGAGAAACAUCAGGUGCAUGUGGAGAACCUGAGCUCUUUGGAACUGGAUGAAAUCGCUGAUACUAUUGCAGAUGCAAUUCAAGGUGUUGACAUACAAGAAGAAAGGGAAGAGGAUGCUGGAAAAUCUAGAGAAGAUGAAACAGGCAGAGAAAAGAAGAAAGGAGAUGCACAAGGAAGGGCAGAAGUUCAGACUGGAAUAAUGAAGAACAAUGUUAACAUAGCAGAUAACGAAGUACAUGAAGCCACUGCCAAAACUGAUAAAGAGGAGAAAACUGCAAAACUAGUUAACUUCUUGAAUGAGAAUGCAUUACCUGAAAAUAUGCCUAAAGAACUUAUACCUGAAGAGUCUACUAAGACAGAAACCAAGAAAUCUGAAGAUACUGACUCUCCCUCUUCUUCCUCAGAAGAAAUAAAUGCUGGUGUGGAAAACGUAAAAAGUGAGACUUUCUCAAGGGAACUGACAGCUGCAAAGAACACGGACUCUGACUCUAAAGAGCUGAGUGAGACCCGCUACUGGAUGCAGACUGCUUUGAUGAAGGAUGAAAAUCCCUAUGAAGAGCUUCAGAAAAAGACAGGACAUGACUUACAGCUUGAAGUGAAAUCUUUCAAAGAGAAUGACUAUGGCUAUAUUGUGACAGCGAAAGACCCCCUGAAUGUGGAAAAGGGCUUGGAGUUGAUAAAGGAAGUGGCAGAUCUCCUGAAGCUGCAGAUGAGUGCCUUCGAUGAUGUCAACAUCCUGGGACCAGCUGUGACCUUCAGGGUGCACUCAAACCUCCAGAAUAUUUCAUCUGCAGAUGUUGCCAAAGCAGCAGCUAUAAACAAAGAGAAGCUUGAAAAAACAACUGGACUGAAAAUUCUGGAGACAGGCAUGGGGGAGGAGCUAUGUCGCCAGCGCAUGGCAGUGAAGACGUCGGAGCGGCCGGAGCCCCUGCACGCCUCCCGCCUCAACAGCGUCUCGUCGCAGUUCAGCGAUGGGCCCGUCGCCAGCCCCUCGGCCCGCAGCAGCACCUCGUCCUGGUGCGAGGAGCCUGUCCAGUCCAACAUGGACAUCUCCACCGGCCACAUGAUCCUGUCUUACAUGGAAGAUCAUCUGAAAAACAAGAAUCGUCUGGAGAAAGAGUGGGAAGCCCUAUGUGCUUAUCAGGCUGAACCGAAUGCCACCGUCGUUGCACAGCGGGAGGAAAAUACCCAGAAGAAUCGCUCGCAGGCUGUAGUACCAUAUGAUCAUUCCAGGAUAUGUUUGAAAGCUGAAAACAGCCACGACAGUUCGGACUACAUCAAUGCUAGCCCAAUUAUGGACCACGACCCCCGAAAUCCUGCCUAUAUUGCCACCCAGGGCCCUCUCCCCGCUACUGGUGCUGACUUCUGGCAGAUGGUCUGGGAGAACGGCUGUGUCGUUAUUGUCAUGCUGACACCCCUCACCGAAAAUGGCAUCAAGCAGUGCUACCACUAUUGGCCAGAUGAAGGGUCAAAUCUCUACCACAUCUACGAGGUGAACCUGGUCUCCGAGCACAUCUGGUGCGAGGAUUUCCUCGUGAGGAGCUUCUACCUGAAGAACCUGCAGACCAACGAGACGCGCACAGUGACGCAGUUCCACUUCCUUAGCUGGAAUGACCAGAAGGUUCCCGCUUCCACCAGAUCCCUUCUGGAUUUUCGCAGAAAAGUAAACAAGUGCUACAGGGGUCGCUCUUGUCCAGUAGUUGUUCACUGCAGUGACGGAGCAGGAAGAAGUGGAACCUACAUUCUAAUUGACAUGGUUCUCAAUAAAAUGGCCAAAGGUGCUAAAGAGAUUGAUAUUGCUGCUACCCUGGAGCACUUGAGGGACCAGAGACCAGGCAUGGUCCAGACAAAGGAGCAGUUUGAGUUCGCCCUGACAGCAGUGGCAGAGGAGGUGAAUGCAAUACUCAAGGCACUUCCACAGUGACCGGCACAGGCUCCUAAAGGCUCCCCGAGGAUCCAGCCCUCGUUUCCUUAUCCUCACUCCCUGUGAAUGUUCUUGGAAAACGUGACCUGACCUUAACUCUGUAUCUUCUGUUGUAACCACAUAGUGAUAGGGUCCUUACAAACUUCUUUAGCUGGUAAAAAGUUCAACAGUUAAAAUGUGUAUUCUGCUGGGGGGGGGGGUAAAUAAAUUUUGCAAAGUACAUUGAAGCCUCGGAUUAAGCGGCAGAACCGUCCAUCCAGUUCCUUUCACAUCCUCCAAGCCCUGAAUGUCACACUUGCAAAGCACACGUUCAUAUUCCUAAUAGCAAAUAAUACCGUAUUGUGGGUAAUUAGUGCAGUCAAUAUCGUCUCAGAAAACAGUGUUCUCUUAUAUGUUGUGACUUCUCAAAGGCUGACGGAGCGCGGGGUGGCCGGCAAGGGACGGCGGCCGUUCCCGUUGGGAGCCCGGCGAGAGCCGCCCCGACGCCGAGGGGCUCGGCGAGCAGCGCCCGGCGCUGAGGCCCAAGAGCCCUGCACCUCGUCACGCUGGGCCUCGGCGAGCAAAUGUUUUCCUAACUGUUGUUUACUUUUCAGCUUUGUGCCACGAGCGGAAGAAAAUCUCAGCUGUGGGUAAAUAGGCCUGUGUGGUUGUUGCAACCGGGGAGAACAAGUUGGUCACGUUGAUGGGGAGCCCGGGGGAAUGAGCACAAAGCUCCUCCCCGGCACCUGCCACCGGCAGAGAGGAGGGACGGGGCAGCAUGACAGAAACAUGAGCAAAGCGGCCACGGAAACGGCCAGAGCUGCUUCGGAGACGGGUUGUUGAUCUGACGGGAUUGCUGGGGAAGAGAACGGACCUCUCCUCUCUACGUUUUUGCAUUUCCCUCUGUGAAAACUGCCGUGCCAUCCUUUUUGGACCGGGAAGUGUAUUUCUGUACAUACCUGGCUGAAGGAAAAAUCUGCCAUCUGCAUUUUACGAUUCACGUGGAGUUUGUCCCAUCCAGACACUUGUUGCAUCUCUCUGCAGAGUCUCUGUUCUUGCCUGGUUCUGAAUGAUAACAUUUUAGCUAAAUAUUAAAGGAUAAAGAAGCACAUGGGUUCAGUUACAGAGAUUCUUGUGUUCUGAAAAGCCUAAUGCUUACUGCUGCAAAGUAAUGCCAAAAUCUGUCUGUAAGUGGUUUGGUUAUGCAGUUUUGCUUACGUGACUUCACAGUUUCAGUUGUGGUAUCUUCUCUUGCAGAGGAACGGAAACUUCUCACAGAAAGGACUCGAAUGAUGAGGGGCCUACGGGUAAAACUUAUCAAAUGUGCUUACAUGAUCUAAGCUCAUCCUUUUAUUUUCAAAAGUGGAUUUGAAAUAGAUCUAAGCUAUUAAAUGUCUCCUUUCUUCUUGAAAAGGGGACGUGAGCACUUUUUCAUAUAUUAAGCAACAUCUCUAUGAUUUAAGGGUUUGGGGUGUUUUUUUUUUUUUUUCCCCAAAAUCUUAAUGAUGUUUUAUGCUGGAAAUCGUGCCAGGUUAAUUAUUUGACUUCAGCAUUGAAAACCAUAUAACUGAUUUUAAUUUGAGAGGGGGAAGCUUUUAUAAACUUCUAUUCAGUGAAAUGUUAAAAAGCCAAUAUUGCAGAGUUUUGCUGGAACAGAGCUGAGCAGCACCUAUUGAAGUCAACCAUGUUGCAGUUUGGUGGUGUAGGCGUGGAUAUUGGUGAUUUUUUUUCUUUUUAGCAAUUAAAGAGUUAUUAAAAAUAAUAGUAAUCAGAAGACUUGUUACUUUUUCUCCCUACAUUUUUGUGUGCUUUACUUGGUAUGCACUAUUGCUUAAUCUGUGCAUCUCCUUCCAUGGCAGUACCGAGCAGUUACUGCAGAUGCCAUCAUCCUCUUAAGUACACAUACUGUACAUUAAGCCACAUGUUUAUUUUAUGACCUGAGCAUUUUAGAGCUUUCCUAGCAAUAACUAAAAAAACUAAUGGAGUAUGAAUGAGAAAAUUGCCUUUUUCAUUUGAUAAUUUAGGUUUAACAGGAUUCUUUUAUUACCUUCGCUAACGCAAAAUUGCAGAUCAGGGCAGAUGCGAUCCGUCUGAGCCCCACCAGCACAUGCUUGAAGUAGAUUUACUGUCUGCCACGUACAGCAGCUUUCCGCAGCAAUACAGGUAGCUGCAUCCAAAGGAACCGGCCACGGAAUCAAUCCCAGCAUGUCCCAAGCCUUCCUCUUGGCAACUGGGGCUGCUUCACAGCGCAAGUCUCUGUGCCGCUACCGGCUGCCUGAGGGGCAGGGGGUUUUAGCACAGAUCUUGGCCUGUUCACGUGUGUUUGGCCUCCCGCCCUGGAGCACCCAGCAGACGUGGCUGGAGAGCCUGACGCUUGCACUUGGGGAGGAUUUUUUAAUUGUUCUUUUGCACAUAUUUGCAUUUCACA